UUCCUCUUAUCUCAUUUUCCUCUCUCUCUUUCUCUAAAAAUAAAAGCAACCUUCUUCAUCACGCUUUCUUUACUCUCAAUUUUGCAGAAUUUGUAACUAAAAUCUUUAAAAAUGUCUAACCAAUACGACCCUUAUGUUCCAAGAGAAGAAGGUACCGCUGGCGGACCACCUCUAAAAACACAACAAAUUCAAAAACAAAUUAAUGAUACAGUUGGUAUUAUGCGUGAGAAUAUCAACCAGGUUGCCCAGAGAGGCGAAGCUUUAGAUUCCCUGCAUGAUAAGACCGAAAACUUGUCCGUAUCGGCACAAGGCUUUCGCCGUGGUGCUAACCGCGUACGUAAACAAAUGUGGUGGAAGGAUAUGAAAAUGAAAAUUAUUAUUGCCGCUGUAAUAAUCAUUAUAUUAGUGGCGAUAAUUUUAUCGGUUUACUACGGAAAUAAGAAAAAUUAAAAAUCUUAUGCUUUUUUGCGAUACCUUCCUUUCCUUUUCUGAUAAUUUUAUUAUUUUAUUUUUCUUUUGUUAGUACCUUUCUUUUUUAACAAAUUAUUUACUAUUCUAUAAUUAUCCUCUGCAUUCUUUAAUUAUAAAAAAAUAUAUAUAUAUAUAUGCAAUGCUCUCUUUUUCCAUUAAUAUUAUUUAUGAUAAACUUUUGAUAUUAAUGUUGUGUUUAUAAAGGCAGAGAACUUUUAACUAUACCAAUUAGCUGUAUUUAUCGACAUGUUUUUCUUAUUUUGCUUUUAUAUCUUAACUUUUUCGAUAAAGCUGAAAAAAAUUUUUUAAUUUUUAGUGUAUAUUAAUAGGACAAAUAAACAAAUAAUCAGUUAAAGAUUAUUAUUUAAAUGGUUUAUUUUUUUGACACGGCCUUUGUGGAGCUAUUUGCUACAAACAAAAUCUACAAUAUAAUAAAAUUAAAGCAGCAAUACGAAAUUUGAC